ACGACGUGUUAGAAGAAGAAGAAGAAGAAGAAGAAGAAAGGGUUUUAGGGUACAAGUAGAGCUUCCUCUUUCUCCAGCGAACAUUCUCGUUGAUUUCGAUACCUAAACCCCAAUUCUCAAGCUUGAGCCAUGGUUGAAGAAAAAACACCAGCUUCGGCUUCGGAACUCGAGCAAACCCUAGAGAGUGAGAAGACGCUUGAGUUCGCAGACGAGCUGACCGAGAAAGGCUCACUCUUUCUGAAAGAGAGUGACUUUGCUGAAGCUGUCGAUUGUUUCAGCCGUGCCCUCGAGAUCAGGGUUGAACAUUUUGGUGAGCUUGCGCCUGAGUGCAUCAAGGCUUAUUACAGAUAUGGAUCUACUCUUCUGGGGAAGGCUCAGGCUGAAGCUGAUCCGCUUGGUAACAACAUGCCUAAGAAAGAAGCUCACCAAGAGUCUAGUGGUAAGGAUAUUGCAAACGGUGAGGAGUCUGUUGUGUCUAGUGACCCAGAGAAGCAAGAGAGCUCAAGUGGUGGCCAUGAAGGUUCUGAUGGUAAAGAGGAUGGUGAAGAUUGUCAAGAGGAUGACAUAUCUGACGCUGAUGCUGAUGAAGAUGAGUCUGAUUUGGAUACGGCGUGGAAAAUGCUGGACAUCGCAAGGGCUAUUACUGACAAACACUCAACUGAUACAAUGGAGAAAGUGGAUAUUCUCUCUGCCCUUGCUGAAAUCUCCCUCGAGAGAGAGGACAUUGAGUCUUCCUUGAGUGACUACAAGAAAGCUCUGUCCAUCUUAGAGCGAUUGGUUGAACCAGACAGUCGACACAUAGCCGAACUAAACUUCCGCAUAUGCAUAUGUCUAGAGACUGGAUGUCAAACUAAGGAAGCAAUACCUUACUGUCAGAAGGCUGUGUUAAUCUGCAAAGCUCGGAUGGAGAGACUCACUAAUGAGGUCAAGUGUCCAUCUGGAUCAGCAACUUCCUCAACUGUCUCAGAGAAAGAAGCUGAGAUCAGAACCUUAUCUGGACUCGCAGAGGAUCUAGAAAAGAAGCUUGAGGAUUUGAAACAACAAGCAGAUAACCCAAAGCAACUUCUUGCUGAGCUAAUGGGCAUGGCAUCAGCUAAUAAGGCAAGUGCUAGUGACAAGGCUGUUGCUACUGCUGCCGGUGUAAUGAGCUCUUCUCGGAUGGGAACUGCAAACACUGGGAAGGACUUAGAGUCGCCUACAGGUUCAGGAGUGGGAGGGGCAUCAUCAGGUGUUACUCAUUUGGGUGUUGUUGGAAGAGGAGUGAAGCGAGUUUUGUUGAAUGCAGAAUCAAGUCCAUCGAAGAAACAAGCUCCUGAGUCUUCUGACAAAGCUGAUGUGUAACUCUUCUUGAAUUAGAAAAAAAAAACUUAUGUUACUACUGAAUGUUUAACAGAAGAAACAGAGAAAAGCGUUUGUUACCUCCUCAUGAACCCUUUAAGGUUAUGUGUUCAAGUUCCGUAUUGUAAUUUGAGUUACGUUUAAUCGUUUAAAUCUUUUU